UACGCAUGCGUGGGGGCGGAGCGUUCCGGGGGCGGAGCCAGCGUGUGCGCCGAGGGCACGAACAAGAAGGCGGGAAAAGACGAAAUGGAGCGACAGGGACGCUAGCUGUGCUCACAGGUGGACAUGCCCCACGUAGAGUUCAAGGACCAGGAGCCACAGCUGCAGGGAGAGAACCAGGAACAGCAGCAGGGUGAGGAGACCCGCGAUGAGGAGGCUUGUCAAGGGCCAGCUAGAAGUCAGGUUUCUAGCCCCUCUGUCGCCACCUCCAGUGCCAACCGCCAGCUGAUGAUGCUGGAAGGAAAGUCAGGAUCCUGCUUUUCCUCUCUGGACUCGAGCAUCGACAUCCUGAAGAAGAGGGCCCAGGAGCUGAUCGAAAACAUCAACGAGAGCAGGCAGAAGGACCAUGCCCUCAUGACCAACUUCAGAGACAGCCUCAAGAUCAAGGUUUCAGACCUGACAGAGAAGCUGGAGGAGAGGAUGUAUCAGAUUUAUAAUCACCACAACAAAAUCAUCCAGGAAAAGCUCCAAGAGUUUACCCAAAAGAUGGCAAAGAUCAGUCACCUGGAAACAGAGCUCAAACAAGUGUGCCACACCGUGGAGACUGUGUACAAAGACCUGUGUGUCCAGCCUGAGGCUACUACUCUGGAAGAACAGAUUCACAAAGAUGGUGAAUGCUGACAGCUACCAGGAGAGUCACUCUUAGUGACAGCCACCAAGGAAGGCCACCGUUUGGGCCACGCUGAGAAAAUUGUUUUUCAGAGUUCUGCAAUGCUUCUUUGGCAAAAACAAGCAAACAAAACCCAACCGAUGCUCUUUGUGCCAGGCCUCAAAGCACAGCAAGUCCAGCCCCCACCACGGGCCCAGCUUUGGUACUCUCCCAGAUUCACCCCACCCCAAUCCCACACAGUUGAUUAAAUGUUUGAUUUUCAACCCAGCCAUGCUUUCUUCUGCAGAGGUGGAAAGAGCUAAUGAGCUCUGUGGGAAAUGGAUCAGGCCCUUUCUUACCCACAGGAGGGACA